UUUAUUAUACAUUCUCCAGUCUGCCUGCUUUCUAAAUUCCAUUGAUUGUAUUUUUAAAUAGUAAAUAUUUUCCAUUAAAGUAGCAAUCAAAAUGAGUUGCUUUGAGAACGUAAAUUUACCUAACUGCGUGUGGUUUGAUGGGGGCGACAAACGAAAUACUGUAGCUUCGAUUUUGGCUGGUGUUUUGUUCUUUGCGGGUUGGUGGUUCAUCAUUGAUGCAGCGUCAGUGUAUCCCGGUGAUCUUCCCAAUGCCGCCCAUGUAUGCGGUGUUAUGGCAACACUCUCACUUGUCAUGGUUAAUUCUGUCUCCAAUGCUCAGGUCCGUGGUGACACAUACACAGGUGGCUGCAUGGGCCCUCGUGGAGCUCGUCUCUGGCUGUUUAUGGGCUUUGUUGUAGGUUUCGCCUCUCUCAUCUCAGCCUGUUGGAUUUUAUUUGCUAACUAUGUUAAUGCUGGGAGCAACAAGCACACAUGGCCGGGUGUUAGCUUGUUUAUGCAAAACGCAUUUAUAUUCGCGGGUUCGCUCGUCUUCAAGUUUGGCCGCACUGAAGAUGUUUGGGGAUAAGAUUAUUCAAAUUUAUAAAAUCUUUAGCUGAAACCACUUUAUACAUUCAUAUAUAAGAUGUUUGUAAUUUAAUUUAUCUUAAAAAUCAUUUAACUUGUUUCAUACGAUAGAUUUCAUUUGUAAACCUGGUUGUAUGUAUGUGAGUGUGUUAACUUAAUAAGUCACAAAAUAAUAUACAAUUAGUUAACAAUAUAACAAAGUGCAUUAACACAUUGCACUUUAAAACAUUACAAUAAUCAUUAAAAAAUAAUUAAAAGCGUGUAAACCAAGGUCUAUUAUGCUUUUGAUUUCAUAACAUGAGUUACAGUAGAAAAUUUAAAUUUAUAUUAUAGCAACAUUAUUAUAUGCUAAA